ACCCCUCCGGACUCACCCGGGCACAGGUGCACCGCCGUGAGGACUUGGUGGGCACACAGGCGCAGAAGAAGCCGCCGUGAGUGGGGCUAGCCGGAGCGUGUUCCCUCCGACUGCAAACUACAUCUCCCAGAAUGCCUGCGCUGCGGCGCCGCACAUGCGCAUUGGGAGGCCAGGCGCCUGUGAGAUGCGGUCCAGGAGCAUUUCACGUGAUUCCUGUGCUGCGUUACUGCCCUGGUCCCCAACCCUCUUCCUGGCAAAAGGCCUGCUGGGAGAUGAGGCACAAGCGCACUGCGCCAGCGACCUUGAGAUUUAUUUUGACAAAGCCUGGGAUACCCUGUAUGCAACAGUCUUCCUAUCACAGAGCACUCACUUCCUCUAAAUGAGUUCAGCCCUGUCUUCAUGACCCAUCCUGGGACUGAGAAGAAUUUACCAGGGUCCAGUGUCAUUCGAGGAUGUGGCUGUAGAUUUCACCCAGGAGGAGUGGCAGCAACUGGAUCUUGCUCAGAGGACCCUGUACAGGGAUGUGAUGCUAGAGAACUACAGCCACCUGGUCUCAGUGGGGUAUGCAGUUUCCAAACCAGAUGUCAUAUCCAAGUUGGAACAAGGAGAAGAGCCAUGGAUCAUAAAGACAGACAUAUCAAAUUGGAUCUAUCCAGAUCUAUUUUGACAAAGCCUGGAAUACCCCAUAUUAAAACAGUCUCUCUGUCAUGGGAGCACCCACUUUCUCUGAACCAGUUAAGCCUUGUCCACCUGACUCCUUCUGGGACUGAGAAGGAUUUCCAAGGCGUCCGCCUUUUUAGGACAGAGCAGAAAAUGAUAAAGUCCCAGGGGUUAGUAUCAUUCAAGGAUGUGGCUGUGGAUUUCACCCAGGAAGAGUGGCAGCAAUUGGACCCUGCUCAAAAGACCCUGUACAGAGAUGUGAUGCUGGAGAACUACAGCCACCUGGUCUCAGUGGGGCAUCCACUUUCCAAACCAGAUGUCAUCUCCAAAUUGGAACAAGGAGAAGAUCCAUGGAUCAUAAAGAGAAACAUACCAAAUUGGAUCUAUCCAUAUGAAGAUCAGGCAGAUGGGCGUCAAGGGAAGAAGAGUAACCUUGACAACCCCCAAUCAUAUAUUUUGGGGUCUGUUUCCUUCCAUAAUAAAAUAGUGAAAGGAGUCACAAAGGAUGGUUCAUUAUACUCCAUUUUGAAAGCCUGUCAAGGUGAUGGCCAGCGGAGAUGUCAGAAAAACAGACUUUUCAGGCAAGUAACAGUCAUCAACAACAAAACAAUGACUGUGGAGUCAGACCACAAAUAUAAUGCAUUGGGAAAAAUAUUUCAAGAGUGCAUAGGAUCAGAUACUUCAAGACAAAGACCCCACAACUGUGAUGCAUUUAAAAAGAACUUGAAAUCUAAUAUUGAGCUACCUAGUUAUAAUAAGAGCAAUUCAAGAAAAAACCCUGAUGAGAGUGUUGAAUGUGGAAAAUCAUCCAUCCACGGUGUGUCCAAUCCUAAUCUUGAGAAAAGUCACAAUGGAGCAAUUCCUUGUGAUGAUAACGAGCAUGGAAAUAUUUUCAGCAAGAAACAAUCCCUUAUUCAAUAUCAGAAUGCUGAAACUAAGGAGAAAACCUGUGUAUGUAUUACAUGUGGAAAAGCCUUUGCUAAGAAGUCGCAACUCAUUGUACAUCAACGAAUUCAUACUGGAAAGAAACCAUACGAUUGUGGUGCAUGUGGGAAAGCCUUCAGUGAGAAGUUUCACCUCAUUGUACAUCAGAGAACUCAUACUGGGGAGAAACCUUAUGAAUGUUCUGAGUGUGGAAAAGCCUUCUCUCAAAAAUCAUCCCUCAUUAUACAUCAGAGAGUUCAUACUGGGGAAAAGCCAUAUGAAUGUAGUGACUGUGGGAAAGCCUUCUCCCAGAAAUCACCACUCAUUAUACAUCAGAGAAUUCACACUGGAGAGAAACCAUAUGAAUGUAGAGAGUGUGGGAAGGCCUUCUCCCAGAAGUCACAGCUGAUUAUACAUCAUAGAGCUCAUACUGGAGAGAAGCCCUAUGAGUGUACUGAAUGUGGGAAAGCCUUCUGUGAGAAGUCUCACCUCAUUAUACAUAAAAGGAUUCACACUGGGGAGAAACCCUACAAAUGUGCUCAAUGUGAGGAUGCCUUCAGCAGGAAGACAGAACUUAUUACACACCAGUUAAUUCAUACUGGGGAGAAGCCUUACGAAUGUACUGCAUGUGGGAAGACCUUCUCCCGGAAGUCACAGCUUAUUAUACAUCAGAGAACACAUACUGGAGAAAAACCGUAUAAGUGUAGUGAAUGUGGAAAAUCCUUCUGUCAGAAAUCACAUCUCAUUGGACAUCAGAGAAUUCACACAGGUGAAAAACCUUAUGUUUGUACUGAAUGUGGGAAAGCCUUCUCUCAAAAGUCUCACCUCCCAGGUCAUCAGCGAAUUCAUACAGGAGAGAAACCUUACAUAUGUGCUGAAUGUGGAAAGGCGUUUUCUCAGAAAUCAGACCUUGUUUUACAUCAGAGAAUUCAUACUGGGGAAAGACCCUAUCAGUGUGCUGUAUGUGGAAAAGCCUUCAUCCAGAAAUCACAACUCACUGUACAUCAGAGAAUUCAUAGCAGUGGUAAAAUCAUAAUGAACUAAAAACACAGACAAGUCUUCGUAAAUAGCAAGCCUUAAUAAAUAACAGAAACCUGAUUAAUUUGAUAAACUUGUGGACAACAUCUUUAUAGAGAAAAUUUUAUAAGAAAAUUCAUGUCUGUAGUGUGGUGAUACCUAACUCUGCAAAGAAGAUGGGAAAUAAUUACAUAAAUGAAGGAUAUUUUCACCAUGUCAUGUAAAGCUUUUAAAGUUAAGUUAAUCAUCAUUAGAACAAGUUAUGUAUAUAGAAUAUUGUCAAAUUACAUAUUCCUUAUAUACUAUACCAGUAAACAGAUUGCAAAAUUCUAAUAUUAGCCAGGCAUUAUUUUAGCCAUAUACAGUGAUUCCCUAUAAAGGACAUGAAGAAAACUUGAGUUAAAAAAAUCAGUUCCUAGAAACUGCAUUAAAAAGAAUGGGCUUGGGAGUUCCCUGGCUGUAGGACUCAGUGCUUUCACUGCUGUGGCCCGGGUUCAAUCCCUGGUCAGGGAACUAAGAUCUUGCAAGCUGUGUGUCAUGGCAAAAAAAAAAAAAAAGAAAAAAGGGGCUUAGCAUGAUCCCUGUAGAUACAUGUAAAAUUCUUAUACAAAGGUGGAGACAGAGAUUGAUCAGAUUCAAUAAAAGUGAUAAUUGUACAUUUUCACAUGUCAGGAUUAUAAGUUGAUCUGUACCUCUGGAAGGAUCCUGGAGCUUGAAAUUGAUGCUUCUUGACCAAGUCUCCUCUUUACCCUCCCUUACUGGGAAUUUGGUAUGGUGGAAAGACUUUGCUACUGAACCGGAUGGUCUGGGUUUUAAUCCUGGCUCAACAACUCAAAAGAUUGUGUGACUUCAGGCAAGCCUACUUUACCCAUCUGAAUAUUUUUUCUUAUUGGUAAAUAAAAGUACAAUAUAGAGCACAUUUUCAGUUAAUAUUAGUUCUUUUUAUCUUUCCUCUCUAUCGUCCUGUAAAAGGAUGUUAAGACUAAUGUGAAACAUCUCAACUUGCUUUAUAGUCCAGAUACUCUGCUUUUAUACCUCAUUCCUGUGACUGAUUCAUCUUACUCUUUGACCCUGGUAGCUUUGAUUUGUGGUGUGUUAAAGUGAGAUUUUUAUUAUACUUUUAUUAUUUUUUACAUACACUUAUAUAAGCUGUGGUGUUUGCACAUAAAGACCCUGUCUGUUGACUCUUGAGUUCCUUUCUGACCCCUAUCCUGCAGCUGCAACUGUUUUCCCUGGAACUGAGGACACUUACAAAGAAAAACUCUUUGGGUAAGAAUUCAUGCCUGCCAUAGAUUUGAGAACUUAAUACCUCUAAAAUAUCUCCUGUUCUCCUUCCCUUGAUCCCACAUAUUCCUCCAUGAGCAACUUAAAAUGAGGACUGCUGCUGCAGAUGCUCUGCAUGAGAGCAUACCUGACAAGGAUGAGGGUGUCUGUAUGGUUAAACAUGGUUUACUCAUGUUCACAUUGUUCUUCCUUUAGAUCCCACUUGAUUCCUUCACAUUUCAUGCCCACCUUAUCCCCUUCCUGAAUGGCUGAACUAUCUAUUAUGAAACUGCAUGAGAAUCUCUGCAGGGGAGAGGGCAUACCUGAUGGAGAGGAAUGUGGGAACAUGUGUGGGCAAAUUUCUGGUCUCAUUAUGAACACUGAGUUGAGGGCAAUGACAUCAGAUAUAACCGGCCAUUCAGAUCUGGGUAGAAGGCCUAAGGGUAUACCUCAUGGGUUGAGCUACUUUGAAGAUUCCUUAUGGAAGAUGUCCUAACUGGUUCUUAUGGAGGCUUGAGAAGGACAAGGGACCAUUUUGGGAAUAUAGAGAAAUUUAGUGAAGAGCAGGUUUAUAUAAAACUAUGUAAGUGACAGCUAUAGACCUGAUGUAGAUUUAACAAAGAUUCACAGUUCCCACCUUACAGACUUCCCAAUUGAUCCUUUUACUGUUACAGCUCCUGGGCAGCCUCAUUGAUCUGAUAAUGGGCUCCUAUAAAAAUCUCAUUUCAGAUUUAGUGCCUACUGGUUUAACAUUUCACCAGUUUUUUGUUCUUUUGGGUUUUUUCCCCAGCAUUUUACUAGAGGAGAUGCCAAUACAGUGAGGCAAGAAAAAGAAAUAAUAAGUAUAUUCAGAUUCUACAGAUAAUUAAAAUCUAUUGAAAAGAUUUGAGUACAACUAAAUAAAAAAAAAAAAAAGCCAAUUCUACAAUAUCUAUUCCAGAAAAGAGAAGAAGAAGGAUCCCUGACAUACUUUAUGAGGCUACCAUUAUCCUGAUGCUAAAGCCAGACAGAGACAUUACAAGAAUAAACAAUUAGUGACAGUAUUUCUUCUGAACAUAGCCACAACCAUCCUUAACAGACUGUUUGCAAAUCAAAUCGAUGAAUAUUUUGGGAAAAAAAAGUACAUCAUGGCCAAGUAGAGUUUAAUUCAAGAAUGCAAGUUUGGUCCAAUAUACAAAAAACUUUUGAUAGAAUUCAACUUGCCAGUAGCCUAAAAAGAAUAACUGUAUGGUCAUUUCUAUAGAUGGGGGAAAAUGAUAUGACAAAAAUUCCACAUCCGUUUAGAAUACAAACUCAGCAACUAGGAAUAAAGGGCAGCUUCCUCAAAUUGUUGAAGGACAUCUAUAGAAUAUCUAAACUUAACAUAUUUAAUGGUAAAAGAAUAAAUGUUUGCUCCAAGAUUGGGAAAAUGUUAAAGAUGUGUGCUCUGCUCUGCUCUUCCCAGUGAAUAUUGUACUAGUGAUCUAAGCCAGUGCAGUAGAGAAAACAAAAAAAGAUGGGGGGGUGGAGUGUGGUGGGGAGGGGAGCAUACAGUCAGGAAAGGAAAAUAAAAUUGUCUUUAUUUGCAAACAACAUGGUCUUCUACACAGGUGAUUUCAAAAGCUACAAAAAAAAAAUCUAGUAAACCCAUUUCUCACAAAAUAGAUGGGUUUCACAAAAUAACUAAGUAAAUGAGGAGAUAUACUGUAUUUAGAGAUGGAAAGAUUCAAUAUUGAUUGUUAAGAUAUCAAUUUUCCUCAAAUUGAUCUAUAUAUUUAUUGCAAUCACCAACAAAAAAAUAAUCUCAGCAGACAUUUGUGUAUAAUUUGACAAUCUGAUUCAAAAAUUUAUGUGGAAAUGCAAAAGACUUGGAAUACAUAAAACAUCUUUGAAGAGAAAGAAGAAGGCUCAUAUUACCUGAUUUCAAGGUUUAUUUUAAAGCUAAAGUUAUUAAGUAUAUAGUAGUGGCACAAGUGUAGACAGGUCAAUGCAACAGUAUAGUCUAGAAAUCAAAUCACAUAUAUGGACAACAGAUUUUUAACAAAGUUGACAAGGUAGCUCAAGGGACAGAAGGUAGUCUUCUCUUUCCUUUUUAAAAAAUAUUUGUUUGUUUAUGGCUGCUUUGGGUCUUAGUUGUGGUGUGCAGCCUCUUUAGUUGUGGUGCGCAGGCUUAGUUGCACCACAGUAUGUUGGAUCCUAGUUCCCACCAGGGGUCCAACCUGUGUCUCCUGCAUUAGAAGCCAGACUCUCAGUCUCUGGACCACCAGGGAAGUCCCAGAAGGUAGUCUUUUCAACAGACGAUGCUUGAACAUUUGGAAAUCCAUAUGAAACAACAAAACAAAACAAAAAUUCCUUGAUUCCUAGCUCAUAUUCAUACUAUAUAUAAAAGUCAACAUGAAAAAGGUAAUGAGCAUAAAUGUAAAUGUAGAAACUAUGAAUUUCUAGAAGAAAACAAAAUAAUUGUCUUUCACCAUGAAAAGAUUUUUCAAAGACAAAAAAAACCACAAAAGAAAUUAAAAACUGUUGAGUUUGUUAUGAUGAUAACUUCUAUUCUUCAAAAUACAGUUAAGAAAAUGCCUUAGUUACAAUACCACAGAUUCAUCUUGCUUAUUUCCUCCACCAGACCUGGAGUCAACCAAUUCUCCAAAGAACACUGAUUUCUCAUAGUGGUGAAUGGUUUUGGAAAACCCCAAUCUGGCUGCUUCAGGUGCUCAUAGCCAAUUGGCAGUCGUUGAGUCUAGACCACCUUCAGUGGACUUGGAAAGGGAUCACAACAUGUUGUUUUAAAUUACAUGUCUGUACUGUUCUAUUCUUACUUUUCACAAAAUCCUUGAUAUUUUACUAGUAUUUCUUUCAUCUUACACUGAAAAUGUUUCCCAACCAUGUUAGCAG